AUGGCCCCUCUUUUGCAGAGCAGAAGUGCUUGGCAAUGUCGCGCUUGCCCCAGAGCAUUGCAAGCGCCGCGGGCUGCGCUGCGAAGAAGUGCACCUCUUGGUCCUGACCUGCCGCAGAGGAUUUGGAGUGUUGGGUGGCCGGUGGUUCCGGCAACAUUGGCAGGCCUUUGUGGAGCACGUGCUCGGAAACUUGCCAAAUCCUGUCCUUCGCUUCCUUCCCCAACCAGGACAGUGAACCCUGGCACUGGGGAAUGGGUCAUUCCAGAGGACUUCCCAAAGCCCAAAGGCAUUGAGCAAACGGCAAACUAUGCUGAAGCCAAAGCGCUUUCAGACAAGCUCAAAGCUUUGGACGGCCAGGCCAAAGCAAAGACCAUCGUGGUGAUUGGUGGUGGUCUGUCUGGUUUAGCAUGUGGGAAAUACCUCUCUGAUUCUGGACACAAAGCUGUCGUUUUGGAAGCACGGGACGUCCUGGGUGGCAAGGUCUCUGCAUGGCAAGAUGAAGAUGGUGAUUGGAUAGAGACCGGCCUUCACAUUUUCUUUGGUGCUUAUCCCAACAUGAUGAAUCUCUUUGCCGAGCUUGGAAUUGAGGAUCGUCUUCAGUGGAAGCGGCAUCAGAUGACAUUCGCCAUGCAAGAGUUUCCUGGAGAAUUCACCACUUUUGAAUUCCCGGGUUGGCCAGCCCCGCUGAACAUGGCCGCAGCCAUUCUGUUGAAUCAGAAGAUGCUCUCCCCGUUAGAGAAACUGCAGACGGGUCCACCUUUGCUGCCCAUGCUCGUUGAAGGACAACGCUUUAUAGAUGCGCAAGACGAGUGUUCAGUCACGGACUUUUGUAAAAAGUACGGGAUGCCAGACCGAAUUAUCAAGGAAGUCUUCAUACCCAUGGCUAAAGCAUUAGACUUCAUUGAUCCAGACAAGCUGUCCAUGACCGUGGUGCUUACUGCCAUGAACCGCUUCAUCAACGAGACAGACGGGAGUCAAACAGCUUUCCUGGAUGGGAAUCAGCCAGACAGGCUUUGCAAGCCUAUCGUGGAACAUAUCCACCAGAGAGGUGGAAAGGUUCGACUUGGAGCGGUCAUAGAAGAGAUUGUUUUGAAUGAGGAUGCCUCCGUGAAGCAUCUCCGUUUGCGUGGAGGUGAGGUUUUGGAGGCUGAUGAAUACGUGUCAGCUCUGCCAGUGGAUGUUUUCAAAAGGCUUCUGCCGGCUCAAUGGUCCAGCAUGCCAUUCUUUCGCCAGCUCGACAAUCUGGAGGGUAUUCCUGUAAUCAAUAUCCACCUUUGGUUUGAUCGGAAACUCAAGAACAUCGAUGCCCUAUGCUUCAGUCGCAGUCCUCUCCUCUCUGUUUAUGCUGAUAUGAGCACUUGUUGCAAGGAGUACUAUGAUGAGGAGCGUUCAAUGCUGGAGCUUGUCUUUGCACCCUGUGCUGCUAUUGCUGGCAGCAGUGUGAAUUGGAUUGCAAAGAGCGACGACGAAAUUGUUGAGGCCACCAUGAAAGAACUGGAGCGGCUCUUCCCCACCGAGAUUGGUGAGAAGUUAGCUGACGGUGCACGUCUGCGGAAAUCUCGAGUGGUGAAGGUGCCUCGAAGCGUCUAUGCAGCAGUGCCUGGGCGCAACAACUUCCGUCCUUCCCAGGCUACACCCAUCAGGAACUUUACCUUGGCAGGGGACUGGACGAGUCAGAAAUUCCUGGGUAGCAUGGAAGGUGCCGUUCUUGCAGGCAAAUUGGCGGCGCAGGUGGUCUCAGAAAGGGCCCUAUCCAUCCCCAGUCAGGUGAAACGAGUGGCUGACUUCAUCAUAGAGCAGCCAAGCAAAGCACCUGAAGGUAUCCAUGGUUCCUCAGCUUUGGCCUUUGGUGGAGGAACUCAGAUGAAAGCUCAGGACUUUGAGGAGCUUCGACGACAGGACUGUGUGUCCUUGGAGUUCUCGAAGCUGGCAGGCUUGCAGUCCUUAAGAGCCAGCUCUUUCGUUAUGCCUCUGCCAGCCACUGAGACGAGAGGACGAGGCCAGGACACUGGUGGGGGCCGCGACCGCGAUCCACCACCAAGCUAUGAUGGGGAGAAUCUGGAAACCACAUUCCGGAGCUAUGAAAAGCAGGUGAGCCUUUGGCAGUUCGAGACGGAGGUGCCGAAGGCCAAGCGAGGUGUGAAGCUGCUUCGCCAAUUGAGUGGAGCGGCUGCCAAUGCCUUGGACGACAUAGAGGCCGCGGUGUACGGGGCUCCAAGGCCCAGCAAGGAGAGCUUUGCGGAGUACACGAAGCGCAUGGAGAGAACGCUGGACAAGGUCAUCCGAGAGAAGGUAAAGGGUAGCUACAUCCUGGAGGAGAGCUUUGUCACGGAGGAUCCGGCGGGUGGCACCUUCGACCAGGAGACGGCCCAACCGGCUGGGGCCUUUCCAGAGAAGAUCGUCGACGAGAGAUGUGGAGAGUUUUGCGAGAAGAGCGGCCAGAGGCUUGAACAGGAAGCGCGCCAGGUGGCUCUCCAACGUGGUUGCAAAGGCCAUCAUGAGCUACCUCGAGAAGAGUACGUGACCGCCUACGCCAUGGAGGAGCUGGAGGACGAAGAGAUUGAAGAGGAGGCCAGUGGAGAAGGACCUGGAGACUAUGAGCUCAGCGAGGAAGAGAAGAGGGCGGAGUUCAUUCGAUUCCUCCGGGCCGCCCGGGUGAGAGGAGAGGUGGCCCAAUGGGCCACCAAGCACUUUCGGCGGUGGUCAGCGAACGCCAAGAUCGAAGAAUUCCAUCGAGGGUCACACCGCACUGGCUACAAGGACAUCGCCCAAGAAGACUGGAAGAGGGCGACGAUCGAGCCCAAGAAAGGGCUGGUGGAGAGGGCGCGCUCAUUCUACAUCAAGGACAAGGGGGAGACGCUGAACUACCUGGCGGAGAAGAAGGGCCAAAAGAGAGUCACCAUUGAGGACAUCAUCCAGUUGAACGAGGCCGUGGCAGAGUUGAAGGAGAAGGCGUCCUUGAGCCUGCAGAUUCAGCCUCUGAAGAAAAUGAGGAUGAGCGUGGUGACAGAUGCGUCAUUUGCCAACAACGGCUUUCACUCCCAAGGUGGACAUCUGGUACUAGCGCAUGAGAGAGGCCUUCAAGAUGGACUUCAAGCCACGACCAACAUCGUGGCAUGGCGCAGCGGAAAGCUGCAGAGGGUAGUUAACUCUACCCUGGCGGCGGAAACCCAGAGCUUGUCACGCAGGCUCGCCGAGCUCAUGUGGGUGAUGGUUCUCGUCCAGGAGAUCCAGGACGGGAAGUUCAAUGUGAAGGCGUGGCGGCAGCGGGUGGAGGCCGAGCUCAUGGUGAUGAGUUCUGAGCUCACUGAGGGGGCCUUGAAAGAGUCUCUAGCCGUCCUCUACAUUGUUUGUCCAAAGACACUUUGGGCCGCCAAGACCGGAGGACCGCCAUAG